AUGGGAACAAGAGGAUUUACCUUUUGUCUGCUGCUUCUGCUGCUGUUCUGCGCGACGAACCACGUCGAGUUGGCACAGGCGGCCAAUGAUGCUUGCACCGUGUGCACUUGCUCGGGAACUGAUGUCAAUUGCUAUGGCCAAUCUCUCACAGCCAUUCCGAGUGGAAUCCCAACCCACACAACACAACUGACUCUCGACCUCAACUCGAUCACUAGCAUUUCGGCAAACGCAUUCACCGGUCUUACUGCCCUGACUUACCUGUCUCUGCAAUACAAUCAAAUCACCGGCAUUCCUGCUGGCACAUUCACCGGCCUGACUGCGCUGACUGCCCUGUUUUUCGCCUACAACCAGAUCACCAGCAUUCCUGCUGACACAUUCACAGGCCUGACUUCGCUGACUUACCUGUCUUUGCAAAACAACCAGGUCACCAGCAUUUCGGGAACCGCAUUCACCGGCUUGACUGCGCUGACUUCCCUGUCUCUGGGACCCAACCAGAUCACCAGCAUUCCUGCUGACACAUUCACCGGCCUGACUGCGCUGACUACCCUGUCUCUGCAAAACAACCAGAUCACCAGCAUUUCGGGAACCGCAUUCACCGGCUUGACUGCGCUGACUUGCCUGUAUUUCGGCUCCAACCAGAUCACCAGCAUUCCUGCUGGCGCAUUCACAGGCAUGACUUCGCUAACUUACCUGUCUCUGUAUCUCAACAAGAUCACCAGCAUUUCGGCCAACGCAUUCGCCGGCCUGACUGCGCUGACUUACUUGUCUCUGUUCAACAAUAAGAUCACCAGCAUUCCUGUUGGCGCAUUCACCGGCCUUACUGGGCUGACAGAUCUGUAUCUAGACGGCAAUCAGAUCACGAGCAUUCCCUCUUCUUCAUUCACAAACCUGACUGCGCUGACUGCCCUGGCUUUGCAAAACAAUCCUAUCACGACUUUGCCACCUGGUCUGUUCAAGGGCUUGCCAAAUGGCUUGGCGUUGUCGAAUCCAAACCCAUAUCUGGCCCCCAAUAACUUUACUUUUGGUGGCAACACUGUUGCUCCGCCCAGCACCUACGGCAAUGCAUCGAAACCAUACAAGUGUGAUACAGUCUGUGCCACCUGCUAUGCUGUGGGGUCCAGUGCGUGUUGCGAGACCAAUUGCCUGUACUGCACUUCAUCGUCUGUGUGCACUCAGUGCUAUGACGGUUAUGGCAUGCUGGGUGGAUCUUGUGUUCCUCUUGCUUCCAUCGCUUCGGUCGCUUCGGUUGCGUCCACGCAAUCUGCCUCGGCAGCCUCGAUGGCCUCUGAUAUUUCCGCUGCCUCGGCGUCCGUUGCCACUGUGUCCUCAGCGUCAAUUGCCUCGCAAAUGUCUGCGUCCGCCGCCAGUGCUUCAUCUGUUUGGCAGACAUCGGCUGCAUCUGCUGCGUCCAAUGCUCCAAACGAGUCAAGCGAUGCAUCUUCUUUGCCCAUUAUUCUUGGAGUCAUUUUUGGCGUGCUAGGUCUUCUCUUGUUGGUUGCGCUGGUUGUGGCCCUUCGGCGUCGUCGCUCGCCAAACGCAUUGGCAACCAGCAGCACGGCCACCAAGCUCCGCGAAUCGACACCCGGCUCGGAGCCGACCUAUCAGGUUGUCGAUAACAGCGGAACUGUGGCAAACGUUGUGAAUCCAACCUACAGCACGUUGUCUGCGACUGGCGACCACGCCUUGUACGAACACGUUGGCUCACAGCCUCAAGGUCCUACGGGCUCGGAGCAAGUGUAUGCCGAAGCAUCUGCACCCGGCGUCGAGUACGCUGAUCCUUCGCUGCCCAAUGCCUCGUCUGUCCGUGUGCCGCCCACGCCCUCAACAACCACUUACUCGACGAUCUCCGGUGUAGUUUCCACCACCAGACGGUAA